GUCACCGGGCGGGGGCCCAGCGCAGGCGACUCGGCGCGGCGGCCGCAGGCGGGAGGGAGCGAGCGCGAGGCGGGCGGACGGCGGCUGCGGGCGCCCGCGGGGCCGGGCGAGGUUGUGAACAUGGCCGUGUGGAUCCAGGCCCAGCAGCUGCAGGGGGAUGCCCUGCACCAGAUGCAGGCCCUGUACGGCCAGCACUUCCCCAUCGAGGUGCGCCACUACCUGUCCCAGUGGAUCGAGAGCCAGCCCUGGGACUCAAUAGAUCUUGAUAAUCCACAGGAGAACAUUAAGGCCACCCAGCUCCUGGAGGGCCUGGUGCAGGAGCUGCAGAAGAAGGCGGAGCACCAGGUGGGGGAAGACGGGUUCUUGCUGAAGAUCAAGCUGGGGCACUACGCCAAGCAGCUCCAGAACACGUAUGACCGCUGCCCCCUGGAGCUGGUCCGCUGCAUCCGGCACAUUCUGUACAACGAGCAGAGGCUGGUCCGAGAAGCCAACAACGGCGCCUCACCGGCGGGAAGUCUGGCCGACAUCAUGUCCCAGAAGCACCUUCAGAUCAACCAGACCUUCGAGGAGCUGCGGCUGGUCACGCAGGACACGGAGAGCGAGCUGAAGAAGCUGCAGCAGACGCAGGAGUACUUCAUCAUCCAGUACCAGGAGAGCCUGCGGAUCCAGGCCCAGUUCGCCCAGCUGGCCCAGCUGACCCCGCAGGAGCGCCUGAGCCGGGAGACGGCCCUGCAGCAGAAGCAGGCGUCCCUGGAGGCCUGGCUGCAGCGCGAGGCGCAGACGCUGCAGCAGUACCGCGUGGAGCUGGCCGAGAAGCACCAGCGGACCCUGCAGCUGCUGCGGAAGCAGCAGACCAUCAUCCUGGACGACGAGCUGAUCCAGUGGAAGCGGCGGCAGCAGCUGGCCGGGAAUGGGGGCCCCCCUGAGGGCAGCCUGGACGUGCUGCAGUCCUGGUGUGAGAAGUUGGCCGAGAUCAUCUGGCAGAACCGGCAGCAGAUCCGCAGAGCGGAGCACCUGUGCCAGCAGCUGCCCAUCCCCGGCCCCGUGGAGGAGAUGCUGGCGGAGGUCAAUGCCACCAUCACAGACAUCAUCUCAGCCCUGGUGACCAGCACGUUCAUCAUCGAGAAGCAGCCCCCGCAGGUGCUGAAGACCCAGACCAAGUUCGCAGCCACCGUGCGCCUGCUGGUGGGGGGGAAGCUGAACGUGCACAUGAACCCGCCCCAGGUGAAGGCCACCAUCAUCAGCGAGCAGCAGGCCAAGUCGCUGCUCAAGAACGAGAACACCCGCAAUGACUACAGUGGCGAGAUCCUGAACAACUGCUGUGUGAUGGAGUACCACCAGGCCACAGGCACGCUCAGCGCCCACUUCAGGAACAUGUCCCUGAAACGCAUCAAGAGGUCGGACCGUCGUGGGGCAGAGUCCGUGACGGAAGAGAAAUUUACAAUCCUGUUCGAAUCACAGUUCAGUGUUGGUGGAAACGAGCUGGUUUUUCAAGUCAAGACCCUGUCCCUCCCGGUGGUGGUGAUCGUCCACGGCAGCCAGGACAACAACGCGACGGCCACUGUGCUCUGGGACAACGCGUUCGCAGAGUCUGGCAGGGUGCCCUUCGCCGUGCCCGACAAAGUGCUGUGGCCGCAGCUGUGCGAGGCGCUCAACAUGAAGUUCAAGGCCGAGGUGCAGAGCAACCGGGGCCUGACCAAGGAGAACCUCGUGUUCCUGGCGCAGAAGCUGUUCAACGGCAGCAGCAGCCACCUGGAGGACUACAACAGCAUGUCCGUGUCCUGGUCCCAGUUCAACAGGGAGAACUUACCAGGACGGAAUUACACUUUCUGGCAGUGGUUUGAUGGUGUGAUGGAGGUGUUGAAAAAGCAUCUCAAGCCUCAUUGGAACGAUGGGGCCAUUCUGGGUUUCGUGAACAAGCAACAGGCCCACGAUCUGCUCAUUAACAAGCCCGAUGGGACCUUCCUGUUGAGAUUCAGCGACUCUGAAAUUGGCGGGAUCACCAUCGCGUGGAAGUUUGAUUCUCAGGAAAGAAUGUUUUGGAAUCUGAUGCCUUUUACCACCAGAGACUUCUCCAUCCGGUCCCUGGCCGACCGCCUGGGGGACCUGGAUUACCUUAUCUACGUGUUCCCCGACCGGCCGAAAGACGAAGUGUACUCCAAAUACUACACACCAGUCCCCUGCGAGCCUGCCACUGCUAAAGCGGUGGACGGGUACGUGAAGCCACAGAUCAAGCAAGUGGUCCCUGAGUUUGUGACAUCUGCGGACUCUGCCGGAGGCAGUGCCACCUACAUGGACCAGGCCCCCUCCCCGGCUGUGGGUCCCCAGGCUCCUUAUAACAUGUACCCACAGAACCCCGACCCCGUCCUGGACCCCGACGGGGACUUCGACCUGGACGACACGAUGGACGUGGCGCGCCGCGUGGAGGAGCUGCUGGGCCGGCCCAUGGACACGCAGUGGCUCCCCCACGCGCAGUCCUGACCUCCCCAGCGCCGCCGCCCGCGCCCGCGCCCGCGCCUCCUCCGUCCUCGCCAGAGGCGUCGCUCUUGUGGAUGUUUUAAUUCCAUGAAUCGCUUCUCAAUACUCAUAAUGUGAAGUGUUAAUAGUAGUGUGACGUUAGUGUUCCUGUGCACGGUGGCACCAGUGAAGGGCGAGCGUGUGUGUGUGUGUGUGUGUGUGUGUGUGUGAGCGAGCUUGUCCGUGGUGUGUUUCUCCCCUGCUGUCCGGAGCCCAGCGGCGGCACCGGGGCCGCAGACAGAGGCUGUGGCUGCCUGAACCUUGUGCACAGAGGCCACGUGCCCGGAGGGUGGACUUCGGCCGUGGCCUGUGAGUGAGGGAAGGACGUGGGGAGGAGAAAGGCCUCCGCCUCGGCGAGUCUGUCACCGUGUCUGCCACGCCGCCGUGCUGUAACCAUGACCUUCUCUGCUUUUCUUCUGCAACGUGGAAACCGCCUCUCGACGAAGACCCCGCCCCCCGCCCCUGUGCCUCCCCCCGCGUUCCCGGGCAGGGAUGGGAAAGGGGCGCCUCAGGAGGACUGUGGACGCGAGGGGAGCCGGAGGGCUUCGGAUGGGAAGAGGCUUUUAUAAAUAACGUCUUCAUGUUUUCCCCGCCCCUCCUCCCCGCCCCUCACUCCGCCCCUCUGUGUGCACACGCGCGCGCGCGCGGAGGAGCUGGAGAGAAGAAGGGAGAGUCCUGUCCCCGAAGCCCGCCGCGUUGGUGUCCUUUGUGUCUCGGCCAGAGUAGAACGCCUCGUCGUCGCCCCGAGAAGCCACUGUCCCACCUGCCCGUCCCCCCUCCGCGCCGGAAGGCUGAUGGAUGCCAGCUUUUUUGCAGACGUCGGAUGGUGUUUUUGUUUCUCACUUGGGACUUCUUGUUUUCCCCCUCCGCCCCCUCGUCUGGCAUCGGAAAUUUCUUUGUUUCCUUUGUCGGGUCCUGUGCCAUUCCCACCCAGGUCACCUCAUUCCCCUUCGCUGUUCAUGUGCACGCGAGGUCUCGGGGAGGGGGCGGCAUGUCCGGCAGGCGUUGUUGCCCACCUGGGGCGGGGUGCUGGGCGUCAGGCGUUGGGAAGGUGGGUGUGCUGGAAGUUUGGUAAGCUGCAGAAAAAAAGCCUCAAGCAUCACUUCGUCCACACUUUCUUCCUCGGCUCCCUGCCCGGCGGAAGGAAUGGGGUGUGGCAGGCAGGUGGGAAGAGGGGGGAGCGGGUAUCGUGUUCAGGUUAGGCCGACGAGGUCACUCCUAGCUAGCCCCCUCUCCAAAAAGGACGUGACUAGGCCCAGGAGAGAAUGGCCCUAAAAACCUUAUUUUUAUAUGUGUGAGUAAAUCUAUUUUUUUUACAAAAAAAUAAAAUAAACUUCUGAACUUACCAGUGUUUUGAUGUUAAAGGAAAAUAUUUCUCUGUUGUAAAUUAUUUAUUGGGAGUUGACUUUCUAAAAGCUGCUGUUUGCCCCGGCUUGGUUUCGUACACUGAUUUAUUUUUCUAUGCCAGGAAGUAGACUCUCCCUGCCUCCGGGGAGCAGGCCGAGCCCUCCGUGGAGGCCAGCAUUGGUGCAGGAUGCUGCUAAGCCCCUUGCGUGCCCCUCAGGAUUCAAUUAAAACCCCGCCUGUGAGGAAGGGCGUGUUGGGGAGAGGCGAAAGGACGUAAGAGAGCCCUCACCUGCCUGUCACUCAGGCGUCACCAACACCUGCCUCCUUGUCCCAGUUGGGGGCCGGGGGCCGGGGCGGGGAUUGACCCAUUGGGAAGUGGACCCAGCCCUGUGCCUGCUGAGGUCCAGCUCCCGCUUUGCAGCUGGCAGUAGGGUUGUGGGGACCGGGGCCUGGUGUGGGGUUCCUGCCCAUGCUUGUACAGUGGCUGAACUGUGUCCUCGAUUUUCCUGAGAACUGUGCCUGUCGGUGGGAGAGAUGUUUGGCGGAAAGGUGCGCUCGCUGUCUGCAUUGUACUUUCUCUCUCCUCCCCGUCCCUGCAGAUCGGGGGAGGCCGGGGGAGCCUGGACCGCCUCCGCCUCCGCCUCCACCUCCCGCUCGCUCCCAGGCACACAGUCACCCGCCUCCCCGCUCCCCGUGUGCGGCCUGCAGGGUUCGGUGGGGGUGGCGGGGAGACAGAGUGGAUAUAACUUAAGAUGGAAGUAUACUUUUUAUAACUUUCCUUUUUAAAACUUUGUGAAAUUAUUUCAGAUACAUAUUUUAGUGUGGAGGCCCAUUAGCAUAUAGGCAGCAAAAAAAAAAAAAAGCGCAUGGUGUACAAUUCUACUUGGGCCAAUCACAGAAUAGUGUAUUUUAUGUUACAAUAAAGCCUUGCUCUGAAGGGGC